UUACUUCGAAACUUAUAUAAAUAUGAAAAAUAGCUAACAUUUUAAAAUAACGGAUGAACAGGCAUGACUACUUUUUUUUGCUGCGAAAGCAUGUCAAAAUGGAGACAGAUUGCCAUCCUUUACUUUUUAUCACAGACUCAAAGAAUCGUUGCGAUUAUUCUGAAAAAUAGGAUUUCCAGGCUGUUAUUCAUAACCGGAACAGCCUUUUUACUUACAACUGGUUUUAACAAGUUCGCCCAGCAUGCAUUCAGUGAAUAUUCGGAUAUUUGCAAACGUUCUGAUGAUAGAAACUGGAAAGAGAUUGCUGUGCCAGGCCAGAUUCGAACUGUCAGAACCCGAGCAAUUAAAAGUCACCAGUCUAAGUUAAGGACAAAAAUAAUUCUAUUAUGGACUACAUAUUUCAACGAAGAAUACUCCAGUGAUUUUUAUUUCUUUCAAAAAGGCCGAGAAACUUUCGAGCGUUACAAUUGCAAUAUCAGCGAUUGCUACGUCACAUCCAAUAAAACUUUGCUACCUCAUGUAGAUGCAGUCCUGUUUCAUGGCAAAGAUAUUUGCUUUUCCAAAAUGCCACCAAGUCACCGACAUAAUCAGAUCUGGAUUCUGUACAGUAUGGAAGCUCCGAGAUAUGUCUUACUUAAGUGGAAUCUGGCAAGAACUAUCUUCAACUGGACUAUGACUUAUCGCUCGGAUUCUGACGUUCAAGUAAAGUAUGGUGAAAUCUACUCCAAGGAUAGUUCUUGUGCUCGGAAACAUUCAUCACGACAAAUAAACGUUAGUCAAAGAAAGAAAGGAGCGAUAUGGAUGGUUAGCAACUGUCGCACUGAAAGCAAACGAGAGACGUAUGUGAAAGAAUUAAAGAAAUAUUACGAUGUUGAUGUCUAUGGUAAAUGCAGUCGUCGCAGAAAGUGUGAACCCCCGCAAUCUAAGCAAUGUUACGAAUUGUUGAAGAACUACAAAUUUUAUUUAUCCUUCGAAAACUCUAUCUGCAAAGAUUAUGUAACUGAGAAAUUCUACAACAUUCUGCACUACGAUGUUGUACCAGUGGUUCUCGGAGGAGCGAAUUAUGAGAAAAUUGCUCCACCUUAUUCUUUUAUAGAUGCCACUAAUUUCCCUAGACCAAAAGAUUUAGCUGCACAUUUGGAAGCUGUUGCAAAGAAUACAACUUGGUACAACAGCUUCUUCAACUGGAAAGAUGAUUACACUGUUCAUUUGCAUCCCUGGAUGUGCGAUCUCUGUGAGCGUUUGCACAAAGUUGACGGAAAAAUCCAAACUAUCCCACAAAAUUUAUGGUUUCGGUGGGUUCCUGAAGCAUCUUGUAAAAGUUGGAAAAAAGACAAAGGAUUUCUAAGUUUCUUUUGAUUUCUUUACAAUGACUUAGUUAGAUUUUAUCUAACUUUUUAUGGAUCAUUUUUCUAGGUCAGCUGAUGGAAAUGAAAAAAAAAUAUAAUUUUUUAAAAAAAAUCCAUUAAGUUGUAUAGGCGUUUCGGUGCAGGAAAUGUAAACCAUCAACUGUGUCCUUGCUGGGAUUCGAACAAUGUAUCAUGCAGUUGCCAUCUGGAUUUGCUAACCACUUAUACCAUAACAGCAUGCAUGAGGAAAUGCAAUGAUUGCGUAUUUUCUCUUCCGCUAUUCAAUAAAACAGAUACCCAAGCAAUAAUUUACAUUUUUCUAAAAUUAUAUUUGCAAAACUAAAAAGUUAGUGAUAAUUCUUCACAACAUGAAUUUUAUCGACUGUAUCUCAUUACUCUCUUUCUAGUCGUCCCUUAAGUGGGGGAGAUUAUAAGGAAUUACGCAUAUCCAUACACCGGAUUUCGAAGCACUGUAAGGGUGAUCAGGGCCGUUCUGAUUGUGACAUCUUCAUCAGAUUCCUACUUCUGCUUUGAGAAUUCAAAAUAGAAAUUCAGAUUCUUGCUCUGCGUUCUGAUCUGAGCUUAUCGCUGUCGAAAGAGGCCUGAGCUAUGUUGAGUAUGUAGUUGAACCUAGUUUUGUAGACAUAUGGGUCCUAAUUGACAGCCAGAUCUCAUUUCAACAUCUAAGUGAUUGGACAAAGUUUGGAUACAGGGCUAUUAUAGCUAUCCUGAACUUAAUUUCUAGGUUUUGUAAUUCUGAGGUGCACAUCCAAUGGAUUAUCUCACAUGUGGGCAUUAGUGGCAAAGAAACUGCGGAUUCUCUGGCAAAGGCUGCCUCCUGAUUCCGUAGUCAGAUAUGCCGUGCAUUUAUAGUGAGAUGUUCUCUGAGUAUAAGAAAUCACUUUAGGAUCACUACCAGUACAUGAUUGGUACUUGAGAAUUCACACUUGUGCUGCUCUUUUUGAGAAGCCAUAGAAACUAGCAGACUUGCAUAUCACGUUUUGCUAUUGGACACUUAAGGAGUCUGUCCUAUGAAAAGGGCAGAAAGCUUUCAAGACUUGCACCAAGUGUAGGAAUGAUCAGGCAUCACCUGAUUAUAUUUUAUUUUGUCUUGAUUUUAUUUCGACGAGGUUUUCUCAGAACCUCUGUUCUUUUUAAACUUUUUUGAAGUUUGUGGACUCAUGGAUUUGAUCUAACAGGACUAGACCACUUCAAAGGUUAGAAACAAUAACAACAACAACAGCAGAAUCAGUGUUCUUAGAACCAAAGGAUUUUAAGAUAAGAAUGAUCACUAGAAGCAAAGACACUGAUUCUAGACAAAUGAAAUAUAAACAAAUCUCUAAACUGCAUCUAACAAAGACAUUUUCUGUUUAAUAAUCUGUAAGAAACUUUCUUCUUCCUUACCGUAUACAUUCGUGUUAUAAUUGUAAACAUGUCCCAACAUCUCGAUCGUGUGAUAUUUUAAACAAAGAGUUCAAAUACCGGCUUUGAAAUCAGAGCAUUACUGAUUUUCAUGUUUUCUGCUACAAUAAAAACUAGGUAACUGUACAAGUGGCACCGGAUGUGAUAGACCACAAUUCAUCACCACCGGGAUGAAUUAUCUUCCACCACACUGGGCCCCAUUAAUUAUGUGCUGCAUAAUAAUUUAUUACCAUUUCGAUUUAACGACUGGUUCACUUCCUCUUCAUUCGCAUAUAAGUUAGAGGAGAGCAUGAGAAAUAAUUAGUUUUUAACACGUGCCUUCGUGGUGCAACUGGAAGCAUGCCUGACUGUCGCAGAUUUCAGAGUUUGAAUCCCGGCGAGGAUAUAUAGUUAAAUUUUCGUGUUUCCUGCUCCGGAAAACAUAAUGUCACUAUAAAAUUGCAAAAGUCAGAUGCUUAUUUUGGAGUAUGGUAGGGUUCAAUUUUCUCCUUUACUUUAAUUUAACAACAUGCUGAAUUUUUACAUAAAGGGUUGUGGUGAUGAUACUUGCAUUUCGGAAAAAUGGAGAAAAUGGAGUAUCACAUUGUAGUUUUUGAUUUGUAACUUAAGUUUAAAAAUGCAGUUUACUGAGCCUGAAAUAUAAACUUCAGGAAUACACAUUAUAAACUUUUUAAAUGAUAAAGUAUUGGUAGGAUAUUGAUGCUUGUGAAUUGCAUUCUGAUAUGUGCGUUUUUGUAUUUUUCAACAUUUUUACAGAAUAUAACAGUCAAAUGUCUGAUAAACUCUGGAGUUGGUGGAAAUUAGAGCUCUUGGUCUAUUUUUACGUAGCCAGAAGGAUCUGUUAUCUCUCCAAGCGUUUUUUGUUUUGAAUUACUGGUUCUUCCGAAGACUGUGUUUUGCUGAAUUAUCACUUAUGGCGUACAACAUACAAUACUGAAAGUCUUACAUUUGCCUUGUUAUACAUUACCUUGUUUUUAGAUGAAAAUUUGAAUUUCCUAUCUAAUAAUGGCCUUAAAUUAGAAAUGGUGAAGAUGAAUUUUUGAAAAAGUUUCAUAUUGUGAUUUGAAAUAAAGUUUGCUAUUUAAAGUAAUACCAAGAUAAGUAUUUUUAUUUUUCCAUUCAAUUUUUUUCUUGAAAUAACAGUGUUUACCUGUUUAAUUUCUGAUUGUACUGUUCUCCUAAAAAUUGCUUAGAAAAGUAAGACGUUAAGUUGUUGUGGUACGUGAAAAAUUAAACUGAGGAAGCGAAGAGAUGUGUUUGCCUAAAAAUUGAAAAAUGAACUUCCAAGUAGUAAAGAGGCGAGAUUAAAAAAACACUUCAGAGUGAUUUUCUAAAAUCCAAAGUAACUUCAUCGGAAUUUUUUAACAUAGCAUUGCGUUCCUCCAUACUGGUCUGAUGGGAAAGCAAAAAUUAUGAUGCUAUUUGAGGUGUAUACGAAUGCUUAUAUCUUCGAAACUACAAAUUUUACAUUCAGUCUAACUACAUCAUUAGAUAGAUGAAAGAGCACAUUAACAAACAAACAAAAAGAUUUUGAAAUUGGGAAAAGUGUAUACGCACAGUAACGUGCCAAAACUAGCUAAAUUUUAGUGACGUUAAAGCUGUGUUUGCAUGCGCGACCGAAUGUAAGUGGCAAGGUCGUCUGGCACGUAGUUAGUGCUUUCCGUGGAUGUUUGUUGUAUUUUAUUUCGCCAAAAAUAACUAAUAAUGAUUUCGUUCGAAGAAAAAAUUAUGGUGAUCGAGGCAAAGAGAAGCAGAAUGAAAUGUACGAAUACGACAAUGUUCAGCAAACAAAUAAAGAACGAAAGAAAUGUUUGCGAAGAGAACGUUAUAGACGAUCCUAUGAGAAACUCAGUCAAAAUCAUUGACACUCUCUGAUUACUUUGUUCUGGAGAAAAGAGCAUCAGCUUCGUGUAAUGCAAUAACCCCAGUCAAUCUUGGGUUGCCGCUUGUAUGUAGUAAAUAAAAAAUAAAAUAAAAUA